AAAGUAAAAAGCAAAACAUGAAUAAGAGAGUUGGCAAGAGGCCCUUGGUUCGCGGCGUGGCGAGGGGAGGAGAGAGGAGGAGGGUGCGUGGCGAUAUUGUGGUGCGGCUCGGCUCGGCUCGGCGCGACGGCCUUCGAGCUAGGUGCAGUGUUCGCUAGAAAGAAGAACGAGUCUGCGCAUGCUCGCACCCCCUCCCGUGGAAUUACGGUCGACGCCACGCGACUCUUGCCCCCACUCCUCGCAGAGCGUGUGUCAUGCUCCGGGUAGCUGAGUGCGUGCCGCUGUGCUGCGCUCUGGAGGGGAUAGGGGCGCGUGGAGAAGCAUCCAAGUGGGACGAGAGAAUUGACCAGAAGUGAGAGGUAGACGUUAAGGGAAAAGAGGGGGUUCAGGAAGAGGGUGACGAACUAGCGCCAGUAGUCACGAAUGAUCCCUGUUCUGAAACGGUCGUGUGUGUAUUUUGAGUGUAUGAACCAAGGAAUGAUUGGAUAAGAUAAACUCGCAGCUCAAAGGACAUUCACCAAUUUACAUAACUGACUGUUUUCCAACUAUGCCCUUCGAAAGUUAUCAAAGUGACACUGGACCCGCGAUUGUCCCUACACUGAAUAUGCGCAGCCCUGGACCUUUAAUGCUCUCCUCUUUCACUUGCUCCCAAGAGUGUUUUCUUUUUUUCGCCCUUCUGCCGAUGUGUUCGGAUUAAUGGUCUGCGAAAUCGGCAGGCGAUGUCAGGUUGUUUUGAGCCUCGCUCCGUCUUUCGUUCGUCUUGAGGGGGAUUCCUGCUUCGUCAAAAUGCUUCUCCCCUGAUUAAUUAACAACAAGUGCGCUCAAAUAAUGUUAUUUAAAUCAAUAAAGCCAAAUGCAAUAUUGAGACAACGUAAUUUUCAACGUUUCAUGAUUCUGAAACCGAGUCUAAGGGCUGUUUAGUGACGCAGUGUUUGGCCCUUAGUGGGUGAGUGUCUGUGUCUGCAAUGUGCAUAUGGUUUUUUACCAUUCAUUUUCGAGUUAAGUGUAAAUAAUGUGCUUCCUUAACAAGCCAUCAGCUCUGCUCAAAAUGUUCUAUCAGGAGGAAUUUAUUUCCGACUUGAGAAGAAAAAAUAAUGGUGUGUUCAAAAUCGUAUUCAAUGUGUUACUUUGGAUAACAACUGUUUCGAUAGAAACACUACUUGAUAAUACGAUAGCACGAGGAAUGCAUAGGAUUAAGUCGGAUGGAAAUAUAAGCGUGAGGCUCAUUUUAAUUUGGUGUUGGCUGUCGGUUGCAACGAGGGAAAUUAAAGCAACCGUGACCUCGACUCCAAAUGAUUCCAUAAUUUUUUCUAUUUCUUCGUACAAACCAAUUACAACAACCGAAGCAGUUUAUCAACGUUUUGCCAUUGAGCCAAUGGAUCAAACUGCCGUCAUUGGAAGUCGAGUGACUCUGCCUUGCAGAGUGCUCGAUCAGAAAGGACCCAUUCAAUGGACAAAGGACGGUUUUGGUCUGGGAGCUGUAAGAAACCUUACGGGAUAUGAACGAUACGCUAUGGUUGGGAGUGAUGAAGAAGGUGACUUUUCUUUACACAUAUAUCCAGUUGAAUUGGAAGACGACGGAAUAUACCAGUGCCAAGCCUCGCCCACCAAUGACGGGCAACCGGGGCUCAGAUCAAGAGAUGCUCGACUCAGUGUUCUAGUUCCUCCGCAGAAGCCUGAAAUUCUUCAGGGUUCAUUUCUUGUCACGACGGAAGACAGAGAAUUGACGAUAGAAUGCAUUAGUCGCGCGGGAAAGCCACCAGCAGAGAUCACUUGGAUCGACGGGCUAGGAAACGUAUUGCACAAUGGAAUUCAAACCAAGUGCGAACAGUACCAAGAUGGUCCGUUGUCGACUGUAAGGUCUGUUUUAACAGUGACGCCACGAAAGGAGCAUGACAACACAACCUUCACUUGCCAAAGUCAAAACGCAGCGGAUCGCACUCCACAAAACGCUAAGCUUAGAGUAGAGGUGCGAUAUGCCCCAAAAGUUUCAUUGAAAAUACGCUCUGGCAUGUCAAAAAACAAUAAAAUUAUCGAGGGAUCUGAACUUAGGUUUAAAUGUAGAGCAGAGGCAAAUCCGUCGAGUAUGGAGUACAGGUGGUACAUUAAUGAUAAGAAAGUAAUUGGAGAUUAUACAACGGAAAUGAUAAUUCAUAAUGUGACACGUGAACUUCAUGAUGCUAUAGUAAAAUGUGAAGUGCACAAUGACGUUGGAAAGAGCGAAGAAACCGAAACUCUUGAUGUUACAUAUGGUCCCCAAUUUCGACAUCCACCGAGUUCCGUUGAAACACACUACGGUUCAACGGAAGUUCUGCAAUGUGAUGUAGAUGGCAAUCCGUCGCCCGAAAUCUUGUGGGUUCAUGAGGAAUCCGAAAGAGUUGUUGCAACAAGUUCAAACAUAAGCAUUCUCGUCACACCAGAAACAGCUGGAAAGUAUUUUUGUAAAGCUCAUGUACCUGGUUUUGCUGAACUAACUGGUUUUGCUAGUAUCUACAUUCGUGCCCCGCCCAAGAUUAUCUCUCAAAAGACGCAGUACGUUCCGGACGAGGGAAUUAUUAAGGUGAAAUGUGUCGCGAUAUCUGUGCCGAAAGCCGAAGCAGUCUCAUGGAAAUUCAGUGGGCAAGAGUUGAACUCUUCCCCUAAUAGCACACUAUUCACUAUUCAAGAAGAGUUUUCUUCAGAGAGAGUUAUCAGUACUAUUGUUCUUCUGGAACCAACUACUGCGUAUUUUGGAAAUUAUAACUGUACAGUUACUAAUAGUUACGGUUCGGAUUCCGCAAUUAUUAAACUCACCACUCACACAUUAAUCCCAGUUGACUGGCAACUUAUUUUAAUUGUUGUGGGUCUCGUCGUGUGUGUGAUUCUGAUUGGCACCAUAAUCGUCCUCAUAUUACAUUGCCGAGACCGCAUCAAGCAGCCCAGGCCCAGAUUAGCCCAAUCUCAAGAUAAUGACAUUCAAACUGAUUCGAGCGCUGAACGAUACCGAGAGAGCGAUAGAAGUAGUAAUCUAUCAGACGUUAAAGCGGACAUAAGAGCCGGAUCGAGUGUUAGCAAUGCGGAAAGUGUCAUAGCUCUCGAUAGCGAAGGAGAAGGAAGUACGCGGGGCAUCAAUGCUCUUGCACUAGCUGGUCCAGUAGUGACUCCGAUUGCAAAUUACCGCUACAGUGCCGACUACACUGAGCCUACUUUUCCACCUAAGAAUAAUGAUGGUAGCAAUAACAAUGGUUAUGUUCCGUAUGUUGAUUAUACGCGAGAUUAUUUGCCGCCGACAACUCAAGGAAUAGGUUCUUCUCGAGAAUCUCUCAGUCGUAUUCCUGUAAGUGGGAUUUUGGGUUCCAAAAAAAUUGGAUUCAGUUCUACUAAUUUGGAAUCGACUUCACCACAAGCGACAAUAAUUGAUCCUCGUUAUUCUGCAGCCUACGGCAAUCCUUAUCUAAGGACUCCAGUUGCCGAGCAAUUCAGGCAUGCUCCACAUGCGGCCAUACCAGGAGUCACACCAGCUCCUCCACCAUACACCUCAGCAAUGAGGAUGAAUAGUUUAAAUACAUUAAACGGUGCUGGUCCACAGCCUCCUCUGGCCGCACACUACAUCACAGGUGGAUCGAAUGGAGGCAUCACAACUGUGAAGCGUUCUUCGGCAGUGACCACACUGGCGACUCACGUAUGAGACAGGAGAAUUGAUUUCACCUAGAAUCAAUGAUCAACCAUUCCGUUCUACGUCAAGAUAAUUAAUUCGCUUAUUUCCCAAUUUGCGAAAUGUCUUUACAAGUCACUUAUUAUGCGUAUAAUAAGUGUAGCACAAUGUGUAUCUUCAUAUCAUUAAAUAUUUCAAUCAAUCGUCUCACUUCACAUAUUUUCUUAAAAAUGAUCUUAAAGGUCGUGAAAUAAUGUCACUUGUAAAAAGGUUAAGAAUCUAGUCGUUCGUCAAACAAAUUAACUCUCUCCGAUACAUUGAAUGUUCGAGAGAAAUUCUAAUCUCCAAACUUCUUCAAGUGAGUUUCCACACGUUCCUCAAGUUGAAAAUGACUGAAUGGAAUCUCACACUUUUCAUGUAGAUUUGUCAUUGAAUCAUUCAUCAUUGAAAUAGUUGAAUUUUACUCAAUACUCGGGAAUACUCGGGAACUCACUUCAACAAGUUUCGGUAAGUAAUAUAGCAAAUUUUCUGUUUUUUCAAAUUUUUAUAAAACUAGCCAAAAUUAUCAAAAGAAAACAAUUUUGUAAAGUAAUGGUACCACUAACUUCGCGCUUAUUGCUGCCCAAAGAAAUUUCCCUUCAAUUUUUUAAACUCAUUUCACAAGCAUAACUAAUUCGUCCUUGACUGUUAAUGUAAGAAAGACAAUUCUAUCUUAAACUUAAAAAGAUAAACUUUCGUGUUUUUCUCAGUUUAUACGGAAAAACAAUUACGGAAAAACUAAUAGCUCAAAUUGAAGAUGAUCUCUUAAUUUUAAUUUACUUCUGGUUCGUUCAAGUGCAAUAUUUGUUUUUCUCUAAGAAAAAAAAACCGUUAUUUACCUUAUUAAACUUUGGAUGAAUUUUUUUUGUUAUCAACCUGUCUGUGGAAAAAACAGGAUUUUAUUACGUGGUAAUUUUUCCUUACUACCUUGUUGUGUUUAAAUUAUUAUUUCAAGCGUUUUUUUUACAAAUAUAAUUUCUAUUUUACACUCAUUAAAUUAUAUUACUCUUAAAGCUUUAAUUAAGGUUACUGCUCAUUUUUUAAUUUAGAUACAUUUUUAAUAGAACUAACAUAUUUGAUUACAUUCUUAAUGAUUAAAAGUAUUUUAAUGAAAUUUGUUGACAUUCAGUUUUACAUACUUUUGCAAAGAUAUUGAAAAGUAUUUUAUUCUCUUUAAUUUUAUUUCUAAUUUUAUUAUUUUAAUUGAAAAAUGUUUGUAUCAAACGUUUAGAAAAUUGAAUUAAGAAUUUUAAAUUGAUUUUAGUUAAAAUUUAAAAUGUCUACGAAAAAUUGAAUUAAUUAAAAAAAUUUGUUUCGCAUUGUAAAGAAUUUGGCCACAUUUGCACAAUUUAUGAAGCUUUUUUUCAUAUUCAUUCGGUUAAAAAGUGCAAUAGUCUUUUUGUCAAUUUGUUUACGUUAAAUUAGACCAAAUGAAGAGAUCAGAAAGCAAAGUUCUUUAGAUAUCGAUAGUGUAUUGAAAAUAAUCUUAUAUAGCAAGAGUGGUGAAAAGAAGCCCAUUAGGAAAAUAUUGUAAAAUUUGACCUGACGACGCACGAAUAUUAAAAAUUUCGAGUAUGUUUUCAAGAAACUAAAUAUGAAAAUAAAUAUGAAAUAUAUUUUAUUACAGUUCAGUUGUUGAUUCUAAAAGAUACUAAAACAGUAUUGACAAUCUAACGUUGUAAAAAAUAAGUCAAUAAACAGGAAUAUUGAAAGCUAUGGGCUUCUUCAACUAAAUAGACGUUGUGCAAGACCAUUCUGUUAGUUAGCAACUUCGCGAUUCUAAAUUGUACAUAUAUUUUAUAAAAUAUACAUUUUCAUUCGUGCACAUAAAUAAUAUGAAAAAAAGCAAAGCAUUAUUAGACUGUUUUCAAAUAUAAAAUCUAAUAUUUGUACUCAAUCAACGUGUUGGCAUAGUAUUUAAGAGGGUAGUCGACGAUUCUGCUUUAAAUUGAAAUUUUCUCAAGCUUUAUUCUUCAAAUUUCAUAUAUUAUUACAUUUGAAUAUAAAAUAAAUAAAAAAAAAAAAGAUUUUCAAAUCACCAUCGAUGUAAAUAAAAAACGAAAACUCUUUUAUAAUUUUUUACAAUCGAGUAAGUCGCACUGAAUUAACACGGAAUUUCAAUGUGAAGCACAAAAGUCGUUUACUUUCUUAAGUCAAUAAAUAAUGAUAUAGACAAGAAUUAAUGUAUAAUACGGUGAAUUAAUAGGAGUCCACUUUUUUUCGAUGUGAUGUAUCAGUAGUGAAUCAAGUUUAAUUAAACGGAUAUUCAGUAUUCUCUUUAUUAGAAAGCUGAUUAGAAUACAUUUGAAAAGAACGUGUUUGAAAUUUCAUUAUUUCGAAAAACUAUAUAAAGUCAAAUGUAUAUAAUUGAUGAUGUAAUGAGUGCAAGUUUACAAUUAACUGUUUUCUCUUCUUUGUAAUGUCGAGACUUGGAAACUAUUUUCAAUUCUGUAUUUGUAAAAGUGAAAGAUGAAAAAAGUAAGAGAUACUAUGGAAAUUCUUGUGUAAAUGACUGACGAUUUAUAAUUUCGCGCCAAUGGGAAUUGCUUAAUUACAAAAGUUUUUCCGUAGUGACAAACGAUGAAUAAAUUAUUAGGAAAAUUUUUCUCUUCUCGAAUGUUCUAAUCCGCUUGUUCAUUAUACUAAUGUGUAAAUAUCCACGUACAAUAUGAAUUUCCUUGGUUUGCAUUUUGCAAUUACAAUGACGUUCUCUAAAAUAUGGUACAUAGUAAUAUGCUCCAAAUUUUUUAUACUAUUCAUAUUCAUAUAUAAUAGGAAAGAAAAAAUUUGAAAUAUGUUUCCACUUGGCCUGAACUAUUUGUGUGAUAAGAGAAUGUUUUCCAUUUAAUAGAAAUGCAACGUGUGAAUUGUAAAAUAAAUAUUGUUAAUAAUUAAGCAAUAAAUCAGUUGUCAAUACGAUAUUAGAGCCUAUAGACUUAUGGCACUAAUUCAAUAAUUUUUAUUAUUGUAAGCAUGUUCGUUCUUCGAAUGCGAAUCUUGAAAAUUGAAAUAUGUAAAUACUUUUAAAAAGAGCGUGUAGUUGAAUAAAUUAUGAUCUUAUGUAUUUUUUUUACCGUGCGUUCAAACAAAUAUCGAGUAUUUGUCUCUCGUCACAGCUCAGGCAUAAACGCUACCUAUACUUAAAUAAAUAACAGUGACAAACGCUGUUAAAAAUACUCAAAAAAAUAAGUGAUUUUUUGUACACAUACUUCGAAAAUUAGAUUCUGUCAAGUAAUUAUGCAGAAUUUAUGACAUUGCCUAACUAAUGAUGUAGCCUGAUUAUCACACUGUUAUUCACAGAAAAAAGAAAUUGUUUGCCUACUUCGUAUCACAUCAUUUCAAUAGCCACCGGUUUCAAAUAAGUAGGAAUUGAUAUUUCCUUUUUGUAUCGACGCGACGAGGAGAAGAAAAUGAGCUCAACUCUGAAAAUCGUAAGAGUCAUUUUCGCAUAACAAUCGAUAGUGAAAAUGACUCUUGUGGUUUUAUUUACUCUUUAAAAAUAAUUUAAACAUAGAGGACACAUUUUCUUCUUCUUCUUAAAGAUUUAUUUGAAUGUUUUGAGUAAAUUAAAAAAGAGUUUCAAAACUAUGGCUUUGGAGGUUAAAAAAUAAUGUUGUGUAUUUCAUUAAGGUCAAUGAUUUUAAGUAAAAUUUACAAAACUUGGUUAAAAUCAAGUGGUGAUAGUUAAUUGAGCAAAUGAUGAUUUUCUAAAAUAGUGUUUCAAUAAUCACGCAACGAUCAUUAAUUAGUUACCUGAAUGCGUAUGUAAUAAUCUGCCUUGUACUCGAGGCAAGAUUAAUUUCGCUCAAACAUAAGAAAACUGCAUGGUUACGAAAGUAACAAUAUGAUUGUAUUAUUAAGCCCAGUGUUAGUAUGCCACGCACCAUGUACUCAAGUAGUGUAAAAUUCUCAAGACUUUAGUUCACAUGUACCAUAUUUACUAAAUCUUUUCAACAAAUUUUCGAAUCUAUUCGGCAUCAUCGUUAAAAUAAGCAUUUUAAAUUAAAGCGAAUGAAAAAGCUUUUCGGAAACAAUUUUCGUUCUCGCUUAGCAACUAAUUUAAAUUUUGUGCCAAAUUUAAAAUUGGCAAAAAUGAAAAUAACAAAGAAAGUCAGUUUUUAAAGAAAACUAUUCUGCUUCAUGGCAGUGAAUUAUAAAAUUAUAAAUAGUUCACUUUUACUCGUAAGCUAAUAAUAUAGAAAGUGCAUAUAUUGUAUAAUAAACGAACCCAUUUAUAAGCUUUAAUAUUUUUAAUAUAUAUAAGAUGUUACAUACAGAUAAACCAUAUUUUUCUUAUCCAAUUUCAAAAAAGAAAAAAAAUGGGUUUCGAGGAAAGGAAAAAUAAAAGAAAAAAAUUUCUAUAUCUCCAAAUCAGAAUAAGAAAAUUUCUACUAUAAUGAAAACGUACAGAUUCCAUUAGUAAUUUUUACCGAUGUAAAAUGGUGACUAUCAAAAUGGAUGAGUACUUUUUCAUAAAUCUAGAAAUUUAUAUUUAGGGAUGUAAUUAUAGAAAACUUAUAAUUAGCAUAAAAUGUUCCAAAAAGUAUUCUCUUUCACUCUUAUAUCUCAUUCUCUUUUUUUGUUUUUACGUAAUCAUACAAAUAUUUUUACUUUAUAAGAAGACAUUUUUAAAAUAUUUAAACAUUUCUUUUAUUAUUUCAUUUCUUAUUUUGUUUUAACUGUAAUAUAACUAAACACGAAAAAAGCAUUCUAUGUUUAUUGAUAUAUGAAAACAGUCUCUGUAAAUAUAUAAUUUAUACGUUGAAGAAUAGAAUACGCAUCUAUUUUGGCUGUUUUUCAACUCUCAUUCACAAGCAUGAUAAAGUAAUUCAAUAAUCUAAGAAUGUUUUAAUAUCACGAACAUCCGCUAUUU